AUUUUUCGUUCAUGUACUCAAAAAUCCAAACUAACCCGUGAAUUCAACUCAAAACAGAUAAGCACUACAGUAAUUAUCAUUUGAUCAUCAUCAAAGGCUGGCAUUAUAAGUAGUGAGAAGGUAUUAUAUAAUUUGGCGAAAGAGACAACAUCUCAUCUUAGCUACCAACCCUGUUAUGGGCUGCGAUCCAAGCAGAUUUUAUAUGAAUUUCAGAGUGUAUUUUGUAGUACUGUCACUUGGUCGUCCAUGGCUAACUAUUGCUGUUCCAUUGAAUUGGAGCCCAGAACCUUGAGGGAAGGCCAACUCAACCAAGCUAGGGAAGUUGCGGUUGGUAUAAUUCAAAAGAAGGAAGAAAAAGAAGCAACUAGCAUGUUUGCCCAGGGGCUUAAACCAGUAUCGUCGAUCAAAGAAAUGGUAAUGAUGGUGCAAGAAAUAGAAACACUGAACAUAGUUGAGGAUGUGGUCGUCCGCAAGUUGGUCGGCGACAAUGGCGGCAAUAAUAACACCACCCAGACACCAUGCCAAUGCUCGUGUUCUUCUCCUGUGGUUAAUGAUUCUUCUCCAGAAAUACAGGAUCAAUCUCAACUGAUCAUCAAGGAACCCGUUUCAGCUCCCUUUUAAUCAAACAGGACGGUUAAUUUGUUCUUUCAGAUUAUUAUGAUUGUACUUAUUGGAGUACAACAAAAAGAACGAACCGACAGAGAGAGGGUAUUUUUAGUUCCACAUGCUUGCGAAGACAAUCAUAUGAACUACUUUUAUGUUCUUCUAUGGAGCUACAAUGUACUAUAUUCAGAAAGAUAUAUCAAUAAACAUGGUUAAAUUAAGUUUCUU